AGAGGACGACCCAACAAACUUAUUAUACUCCUAUAUAAGCUGGUCACAGUUUACUCUCCAUAUACUUAAGCAAUUUGAUCAGUCCAUGGCGAAGUGGUUCUCUUCAGGUUUCCUGCAUUUGCUGCUCGUGGUGGCAGUACUGCUGCUGCUGGUUCCGUCCUCAGAAGGAAAAGGGUCAUCUUCGAUUAAUGCAACUGACACGCUCAGGGCGAGCCGGCCGCUAUCCGGAGAUCGCAGGUUGAUCUCACGGCGGGGCAAGUUUGCGCUCGGCUUCUUCCAGCCUCAAGCUCAAGGGUCUACUGGCAAGUGGUACGUAGGUAUCUGGUACAACAAAAUCUCGGUGCAAACUGUUGUAUGGGUGGCCAACAGGGAGAAACCAAUAUCUGAUCCUGCUUCAUCAAGCUUCACCAUCUCUGAUGAUGGAAAUAUUAUCCUCCUUCACUCCAAAUCGAUUGUCUGGUCAAGUAAUUCAACCAAGGCAGCUUUUGGUUCCACAGUUGCUGUGCUCCUUGACACAGGAAACCUAGUUGUUAGACAUAAGUCCAAUACUUCCAAUGUGCUCUGGCAAAGUUUUGAUGAUAUUACAGACACCUGGCUCCCAGGUAAUAAGCUCAGUCUUAACAAGGUGACUGGCGUGUCCAAUCGGAUGGUUUCCUGGAAAAACCAUGGCGAUCCAGCACCAGGGAUGUUCACUGUGGAGAUGGAUCCAGAUGGCUCAAACCAAUACAUUCUCUUAUGGAAUAGCUCCCAGGUGUAUUGGGCUAGUGGCAACUGGACUGGCACCUCAUUUCCUAACAUGCCAGAGUUGUCACCUGCCAAUACAUAUCCCAACACACCAUAUACUUAUGGGUUUGUUAACAAUAGCCAGGAGAUAUACUUCACCUACAAUGUUACAGACGAUAGAGUGUUAUCGAGGAAUGUCAUUAGCGUGUCAGGUCAAAGUCAGUCUUCUGUAUGGGUAGAGACUGCACAGGCCUGGGUAAUCUAUUUUUCACAACCAAAAGCCAACUGUGAUGUGUAUGGACUGUGUGGAGCUUAUAGCAAGUGCAGUGGGAGUGGCCUGUCAUCAUCAUGUAGCUGCCUCAAGGGCUUCAGUGAGAGCGAUCCAAACAGUUGGAAUCUAGGUGAUCAAACUGCAGGUUGUAGGAGAAAUGUCCCAUUGCAGUGUAGCAGAAAAGACUUGGUGAAAGGAAAGCAGGAUAGAUUCUAUACAAUCACCAGUGUUAAAUUGCCUCACAAAGCACAGAGCAUUCAGGCUACUAGCAUUCAAAAUUGCCAAACAGCUUGCUUGGACAAUUGUUCUUGCAGUGCUUACUCUUAUAAUGGUACUUGCUCACUUUGGUAUGCAGAACUUCUGAAUUUGCAAGACACCGUUGAUGGUUCUGUGGAUGUCAUUUAUAUACGAGUGGCAGCCUCAGAGCUACCAGAUUCAAGAACGAAGAAAUGGUGGAUUUUUGGGAUUAUCAUUGGUGGACUUGCUAUUUUAGGUUCUGGAGUGAUCACCUUAUAUUUUCUCUGUAGGAAGAGACAAAUUAAUGGUAUCCAUCUUGCGGAGGGAUCUGUGAUCACUUUCAAAUACAGCGAUCUGCAGUUCCUAACCAAAAAUUUCUCCGAAAUAUUGGGUGCGGGGGCUUUUGGCUCUGUGUUUAAAGGAGUUCUACCAGACACAACUACAAUGGCAGUUAAGAAGCUAGAGGGCCUUCGUCAAGGAGAGAAGCAAUUCCGAGCAGAAGUGAGCACUAUUGGAACUAUUCAUCAUAUUAACUUGAUUCGACUACUUGGUUUCUGUUCUGAAGGGACGAAGAGAUUGCUUGUAUAUGAGUAUAUGCCCAAUGGUUCGUUGGAUUACCAUCUGUUUGGGGGUAGCAGUUUAUCUUUAAGUUGGAAUACAAGAUACCAAAUUGCGACAGGAGUUGCACGGGGGUUAACUUACCUGCAUGAGGAGUGCAGGGAUUGCAUCAUACAUUGUGAUAUCAAGCCACAAAAUAUAUUAUUGGAUGCAUCAUUAAUUCCAAAGGUGGCAGAUUUUGGAAUGGCAAAACUCCUAGGCAGGGAUUUUAGUAGGGUUUUGACCUCAAUGAGAGGCACCAUAGGCUAUCUUGCACCGGAGUGGAUAAGUGGCGAGGCUAUCACAACCAAAGCAGAUGUUUUCAGCUAUGGAAUGAUGCUUUUUGAAAUUAUAUCUGGAAAGAGGAACACUCUGCAUGGAGGCACAAGUGCAGAUAAGUUUUUUCCCCUGGUAGUGGCGAGGGAGCUUGCAGAAGGAGGGGUCCAUAAAUUGUUGGAUUCUGAAGUUAUCAUUGAUGUGCACUUAGGGGAGCUUGAAAGGAUCUGCAAGGUUGCCUGUUGGUGUGUCCAAGACAGUGAGAACUCCAGGCCAACAAUGGGAGAAAUUGUUCAAAUCCUAGAAGGAUUGGUUGAUGUUGAGAUGCCACCUACUCCUAGGUAUCUUCAAGUUCUUGCUGAAGGUGUAAAAUCCUCACAAGUUUCUUCUCUUGGAUGAGUUUAUCUUCAAGUGUAUCAUCUCUUGUGCUAUUUUUCCCAUAACACUUAUGUGGUGUUGUAUUGUAUCUGAUUGUAAUAUCAUAUAUGUUUUGCAAUAAAUCUGUUCUGUGUUGUUGUUCUGAGAAAUCUGUUUCCUUUUUCUGAAUUGAACAAAUAUAUUAGACGAUAUGAAGAAAUGAAAUCCUGAAGGGAUAUACCGGCUAUUUGAUAGUAUGUAAUUUUUUCUAUGUGACCUA